AGUCAUGGAGCAACACAAGCUUUCCAAAGAACAGUGGGAGGAGAGGAUUCAAGUGUGGCAUGAGGAGCAUUGUGGGAUGCUCAAAGAGGAUGCCAUGCUGGAGUAUCUGAAAAUUGCCCAGGAUUUGGAAAUGUAUGGAGUCAACUUCUUUGGCAUCAAAAACAAGAAGGGGACGGAGCUGUGGCUGGGAGUGGACGCACUCGGGCUCAACAUUUAUGAGAAGGAAGACAAGUAAGAACUGUUUUUCAUUUAGAGGUGAAACUCUCCUUACAACAAUAAAAGCAAUGUGCUGAUUAUCCGAUUGUGAUGAUUUGGAUCGAAUUCCUGCAAUUUCAGAUUUUUGCAAAACCAAUGGAUACUUUGCAGAAAUUGAUAAAAAUGACCAAAAAUUCCAGUUAACAUGACAAAUUCCACAACAUCUGCUAUGAU